GACUCCUGUUUUCGACGAGCACAAGUUCUCUGUAGCGACAUUAUCAACACUAGGUGUCGACAACCCUCUUUUUCGACGUCUCCGUGAUCAACCAGAAUGCGUGAAGUAAUAUCGAUCCAGGUUGGACAGGCCGGUGUCCAAAUCGGGAACGCGUGCUGGGAGCUGUAUACGAUUGAGCAUGGUCUUGGUCCCGAUGGCAGGAUUGCAGAGGGCGCGACCGCACCUGUCAACACCGAAGGUUUCUCGACGUUCUUCUCCGAGACGGGCAGCGGCAAGUAUGUCCCUCGCUCGCUCUACGUCGAUUUGGAACCUGGAGCGGUCGACGCGGUGAAAACUGGAACCUAUCGCUCUCUUUUCCACCCGGAGACCAUGAUCACUGGGAAGGAGGAUGCCGCGAACAACUACGCCCGCGGUCACUAUACCAUCGGGAAGGAGUUGAUUGACCCCGUCAUGGACAAGAUUCGUCGCCUCGCCGACAAUUGCAGCGGUUUGCAGGGCUUCUUUGUCUUCCAUUCAUUCGGUGGUGGUACCGGCUCCGGUUUCGGCGCGCUGUUGCUCGAACGUCUUUCCACCGACUAUGGCAAGAAGUCCAAACUUGAGUUCUGCGUCUACCCUGCACCGAAGCUCUCAACAGCUGUUGUCGAACCUUACAACACCGUCCUCACUACUCACACUACCCUUGAACACUCGGACUGCUCAUUCAUGGUCGAUAACGAGGCCAUCUAUGACAUCUGCAAGAAGAAUCUGGGUGUCGCUCAGCCGAGCUUCACGAACUUGAACCGCCUUAUUGCUCAGGUCGUAUCGUCCGUCACCGCGUCCUUGCGGUUCGCUGGAUCUCUGAACGUCGACCUCAACGAGUUCCAAACUAACCUCGUGCCGUUCCCUCGCAUCCACUUCCCUCUCGCCACGUAUGCGCCUCUCAUCUCUGCCCAGAAGGCUGCGCACGAGACCAACUCUGUUGCGGACAUGACGUUCUCCUGCUUUGAGCCGGGCAAUCAAAUGGUCAAGUGUGAUCCCAGGGAGGGGAAAUACAUGGCUUGCUGCCUGUUAUACCGUGGUGACGUGGUCUCCAAGGAAGUGCAAGCUGCCAUCUCUACGAUCAAGACCAAACGCACCAUCCAGUUCGUUGACUGGUGCCCAACUGGGUUCAAGCUCGGCAUCUGCAACGAACCCUCUGCCUGUGUACCAGGCGGUGACCUCGCUCAGACUUCCAGGAGUCUCUGUAUGCUCACCAAUACCACCGCGAUCUCCACCGCCUGGAGCAGGGUCGACUACAAGUUCGACUUGAUGUACUCGAAGCGUGCGUUCGUACAUUGGUAUGUCGGCGAGGGUAUGGAGGAGGGUGAAUUCUCCGAAGCCCGUGAGGACCUUGCUGCGCUCGAAAAGGACUAUGAGGAGGUUGGCCAGGACUCGGCGGAGCCUGAGGAGGAGGGUGAAUAUUAAUUCUAGCCGGGAUAGUAGGCUUGGGGUGGGUGUGCAGACCCUCUGGAUCUAGUUUCAAUUUGAUUUCAAUUUGAUUGGGUUUACCUUCAUGUAAUUGCCCUUGGAAAUCGUUCACCAUAGAGCACAUUCGCUGACGCA